UGGCUGACAUUGGGCUUUCCGGUAAAAGUGAGGGGUCGAAGAACUCCAAGAGCCUCGUUGAAGAGAAGCCAUGAAGGCCAUCUUUGAUUUGACAUGGCGGAGGAUGGUUGUCGAUUUCCUCAUGUACAAAGAAGCCAUAACCCGGCCGGUCACCAAUUACUAGAGAUGCCUAAGAUGGAGAUGAUGUGGAAGAGCCGUCUCUGGGGGGGAAGAUUACUGACCUUCAUCCAGAUCCAAUUACCAACCAAGAGAAGAGAGUUCUACUGGAGCAUAUUCUUUUGCUCUCAAAGUUGGUCGAGCCAAAUAGAAGUUGGAAAGGCGACAACAAAGCCAUUACUCAGACAGAUACAGUCUCUAAGAGGUUCUGCAGGUAGCAAUGAUGGCUUGGCUAGAUUGCCACUCAGAUACAUAUAACUCAGAACUUUGAUUAU